GCAGGCCACCCAUAAUCAUAGCGAAAACACCUUGGUCAUAUAGAUCGUUGGGAGGGGUGCAAAAUUACAAUUCAUUACAAGUUAAACGGCAGCAAAAAUCUGGUGUGCUUAAACCUGGUGCAACUGGAACUCGAUGGAGUCCUGCCGACCCAGAGGUGGGGAUCCUGGAGGUGGGGCAGGAGCAGGAGCAGUGGUCCUGAGCCCCCUGGAGAAACCUCAGUCUGAGGGAGCCCUUGGGCCCGGAGGUGUGGGAGAACAGGGCGGUUUAGGUGAAGGAGGCCCAGCCAAGACUGAUUCUAAAACUUGCAAAGGAAGAGAUGGAAUGGACCGGUACUCCUUCGAUAGCUCCAAGUCUUCAGACAGUGAGGAUGAGGACCAGGACAAGAAGUCCAAGAAGAAGAAGAAGUUGAAGAAGCGAAAGAAGAAGGAUUCCAGUUCAACAUCAUCAUCAUCGUCCUCCUCCUCCAGCAGCUCCUCUGACAGUGAGGACAGUGAGGAUGACAAGAAAAAGAAGAAAAAGAAGAAGGAGGGUGAAAGGAAAGAAUAUGUUUGGGACAACAGUGUCAUAAUAGAUGCUGGAGUCGAGGGAUGCACAGAUUCAACAUCAAUGCAAGGUCUGAAGGAUAAGGAGUCAGAUAGUGAAAAAGACAAGAAGAAGAAGAAGAAGAAGAAGAAGAAAAAGAAGAAGAAGAAAAUGAAGAAGAGCAAGGAUUCAAGCUCUUCAUCUUCAUCAUCUUCAUCAUCGGACAGCUCAGAUAGUGAAGAUAAGAAGAAGAAAAAGAAGAAGAAGAAAAAGAAGAAGACAAAGGUCAAGAAGAAGAGGGAUUCCAGCUCCUCAUCCUCGUCCUCAUCAGACAGUGAAGAUGAGAAGAAGAAGAAGAAGAAGAAAAAAAAGAAAAAAAAGAAAAAGAAGAAAAAGAAGACUAAGAAGGAUUCUAGUUCGUCCUCCUCUUCCUCCUCUUCCUCUUCCUCUGACAGUGACAAGGAAAAGAAGAAGAAAAAGGACAAGAAGAAGAAGAAGAAGGAGACAAAUCAGGGUGACGAUGAGGGCAGUGGAGAGUUGGACACCAUGAGACAGACAGCAGAUGGAGACAAAAAGAAGAAGAAAGACAAUAAAAAGAAAAAGGCCUCUUACUCCUUGGGUAUCUCUGAGGGUGAGGAUGAUGAUGGCAAGUGUAAAGCCAAAGAGGAUGUGUCUGUUCUCGUGACAACGGCGGAAGGAGCUGAGGUCCACCCUGACGGAAUGGAUGCCGGACACCUGAGUGAUGAUGAGGCUGAAGGAGGGAAAGUGAAAGAGAAGAAAAAGAAGAAGUUAAAGAAGAUGAAAAAGAAGAAGGUUUCUGAUGGUGAUUCCUCAGACAGUGAGGAUGAAAAAGAGAAGACAAAGAAGAAGAAAAAGAAGAACAAGAAGAACAAGAAGGAUUCCAGUUCCUCCUCAUCCUCUUCCUCGUCAUCCUCUUCCUCCUCCUCCUCCUCAUCAUCUUCUUCUUCCUCUUCAUCAUCCUCUGACAGCGAGGAGGAAAAGAAGAAGAAGAAGAAGAAGGUUAGAAGGAUAGACAUUGAUUCCUCUGAUGACAGCUCAUCGUCCUCAUCUUCCUCCUCCUCUUCUUCAGAUAGUGAAGAUGACCGGACAAAGGACAAGAAGAGAGAUAAAAAGAAGAAAAAGGAGGACAAGAAGAAGAAGAAAAAGGAAGACAAGAAGAAGAAAAAGAAGGAUAAGAAGAAGAAAAAGAAAAAGGAUGACUCUUCAUCAGACAGUGAGGAUGACAAAAAGAAAAAGAAGAAGAAGAAAAAAAAGAUGAAGAAGAAAAAGGAUUCAGAUGACGAUUCAGAUAGCGAGAAAGAAAAGAAAAAAAAUAAGAAAAAGAUGAAGAAAAAGGAUUCAGAUGACGAUUCAGAUAGCGAAAAAGAAAAGAAGAAAAAGAAGAAGAAAAAGAUGAAGAAAAAAAAGGAUUCCAGCUCAUCUGACAGUGAAAAAGACAAGAAGAAGAAGAAGAAGAAAAAGAAGGAUAAGAUAAAAAAAAAGAAGAGAAGCAAGAAGAAGAAAAAGGAUUCCAGCUCAUCUGACAGUGAAGAUGAGAAGAAGAAGAAGAAGAAGAAGAAGAAGAAGAAGAAAAAGAAGAAGGCAUCAUCUGAUAGCGAGGAGGACAAUAAAAAGAAAGAUAAGAAGAAAAAGAAGAAGGAUAAAAUGAAAAAGGAUAAUAAUAAGAAGAAGGACAAAAAGAAGGAAAAGGAUUCCUCAUCCUCAAGCAGUGAGGAUGAGAAGAAAAAGAAAAAGGACGACUCCUCCUCAGGAAGUGAUAAGGUCAAAAAGAACAAGAAACAUUCUAGUGGCUCAGAUGGAGAGACAAAAAUGAAGAAGACGAAAAAGGACUUCCCUGAUAAGGAUGGAGAGGUGAAGAAAGAGUGUGACUUGCCAGGCGGUCCUGUUAGCAGCUAUCGUGCGUUUGGCAAAUCCAGUGAUCUGCCUGAAGUUACCCCCGUAAAGCCCGAAUCCACUCUGGACCCACUGCCUAUGCCCAAAUCCAACUCCCGUUAUGAGUCACUGAUGAGCUCCUCUUCCUCACUCAGUCCCAAAGAUGGCAGCCCCUCCACCAGGCCCCGCAGCCCCAUGGAGUCACUAAUGGGGAAUCCCUCCAGGUUCAGAGGAGCAGGGGGCGUGGCCGGGAGGACCACAGUGCUCUCGUCCAGCGACCUGCUCAGGGGCCCUAAGCCCUAUCAGCAGCCUUAACACAAAUAGUUGAAG